AUGUUGCAACCUCAGCUCCAUCUUGAUGAUACUAAUCGAAGGAACCAUGAAGCGCCAAUAUCCCAAACGAAGAAUCGUCAAGGUGACAUUCCUUUGGAUCCUUUGGUAACUCUGCAAACUACUAUGGACCCUCAAACAGGGGCUGACACUCCCAUGGGAACCGCUGCCAGUCGAUCGUCAGUUGCUUCCAUUUGUUUUGUACCACAAAUUCAUCAUGGUGAUCACAUGAACAACAAUCCAUGUAUUGAAAACAAAGUACAGAACGAAGAUGGUAACGAUGACAGCAGUAGCAGCAGUGACGACGAUGAUGAUGGUCCCAUUUCGUUUCAGUGCUCCCGCAUACUGCUAUCUGAGAGUCUUGCCAAAAAUGAUCCUACACGAAUGGCUCGACAGCAAGUGGCCGCUACAUCACUGCUUAUGGGACGAUAUUUGGCAUCCUGUCAUGCCAAUGGGGACUGCCUCUUGUGGGAUUUGUCCAAGAGACAAGCCACCACUGCCCAUUUCAUAGAUGACAGAGGACCAGGAUGGUCCUUGCGGCGACUGCACGACAACCAACACUUUCUCUAUCAAACACGAGACUUAAGGGGGACCAUAUCUUUACAUCAUUGGGAAGGUGCAAAUAAUGGCAAUAAUAUGGCCACCACUCUAUCUUCCAUUCCAACCCACUCGCAGACUUUCUGCGCAGCGGCUCCCUGUCAUUCCAAUCCAAAUUUGGUCGCCUUGCCCUCUGCCGAUGAUGCUGUUGCCACCAUUCGAGAUUGGAGAAUCAAACCAACUGCAUCACCUGUGGCGGUCUUUCCAGGAGCGGGACUGGUUCCCGAAGAGCAAGAUAAUGUCAUGCCGAUGGACCAUGAAGGAUACUUUGCCAGCCGUCGUCGACAUGGAAUGUUAUCCAGUCUCGCCUUUUCCGAGUCGACUAUCAUCUCAGCAGGCGGUAGUCGACCCAUUGUGGCAUGUGGAAUGGAAUCAGGGACAGUGUUCUUUCAUGAUUUACGCAUGUUGAUGGAUCAUAAAGAAACCACAAUCUCGCCUGCUACUGUCAGCAGCAUCAAGCUCUCUACUGAUCCAGUUCUGGCAUUGGAUAUGGCACCGUCUCAUGGCCCACAAGCAAACGGAGUUGUGGCAAUUGCAGGCAUGGCAGGGGAAAGCAUGGGACAGCAAGAGCUACCGGAAAAAGAGCAAGGGACAGUGGCCAUUCUCAAGGCCACUAUUGGGUCUUUUGCUAGUGACAAAAACAACAACAAUACCAUUCAAGUGCGUGUCAGAUCAAGGAUCCCUACUUGUCGUACAGGUAAACCCGGAAUCAACCAACUUCGAUUUCAACCAGGAGGUGGACGAUUAUUUGCCGUGGCAGGAUGGGAUCAACGGUUACGAAUCAUGGGCCGAGCUGCCGUCAACAACCGCGACAAGUCGCAUCUGAAGGCCAUUUUACGAGGACAUGACGACAGUGUCUCUGCUAUGGAUUGGGCACCCAACAGCAACUGGUCUGGAUUGUGUGCCACAGGAGCGGCCGAUGGGAAAAUCCACAUAUGGAGGUGUUUUUCAAAGACUAAAGAGCAGAGUAUCGACAAGCCUAUUGCAAUUCACAGGCAAGAAGACUAG